UUCGAGACGGUGCGUUUUGAAGGGAAUGGUGAAGAGGCGACCCAGAGCGAAAACCGCAGGGUUUUAGGAGAGAACUGGGAGCAGAAGCAACAGGAAACAGCGAAGUAGGAAAGCAUGAGGCUCAUCCGAUCAAUCAGUGGGCAGCGUAAUUCACUGCUGCGAGAGGUGGGACGGAGAUACUUCGCUGCGGCUCCAACAGAGGAAUACGCAAGGAGGAACUACGCAAGCAAUGUCUCCGAGUAUAACACUGUUAUCGGUUCUCUCACCGCGCAGAGAAGGCAUUUCUUGCUGAGAGAUGUGUAUGAUGAUAUGAUGCUGGAUGGAGUACAGCCAACUAGGGAUACAUUCCAUUCUCUCAUCGUUGGAACCAUGAAAGGCUCUCGCUUGCAGGACGCGUUCUACUUUUCUGACCAAAUGAAAUCCAUGGGUUUGGUCCCUGAUGUUACUUUAUACAACAUUUUAGUUUCAUUGUGUGGGAAAUGCAAGUACUCUGACCAGGCAAUUCGGAUUUUGGAUGAGAUGAAGAAAUAUGAAGUGAAGCCGAUGGUGCAAACCUAUGUUUGUCUACUCAAUGCAUGUGCUGCUGCUGGCCGUAUAGAUCGAGUAUAUGCGAUCAUUCGUGAUAUGACUGCAGCUGGUCUUGGGUUGAACAAGUUCUGCUAUGCAGGGCUUAUUGCUGCACUUAAGAACAAAUUGCCUGUUCCAGAAGAUUUUGCCACUAAAAUCAUUGAGUUUGUUGAGCGGUCAAAAGAGUGGACAUCAGUUGAAGCAUCCAGUGCCUCAGCUGAAAAUCUGAUGAUGGGUGUCUCUGAGGAGGAAUUAUAUAAUCUUCCCACUGCUGAAUAUGUUCAUAGGCGUGGCGGAUUUUUGAAUAGGCAGCUAACUAUAUAUCAUGUUGCAUUUCACGCUUGUGCAGACCUUGGAAAUGUAGAGUUGAUGGAAACUCUUUUGGAGAUGCUGAAGAAGGAUGAGAAAUAUCCAGAUAUCUUCAUUGUAAUGCAAAUCAUGAGGUGCUAUCUACGUGCAAGGGACAUUGAUAAUGCUCUUAAAACUUUCGAAGACCACAUGAAUGCAAAAAAGCCUGCAGCACCAGAACUAUAUGUAACACUUAUAGAGGGAGCCAUGAUUGGGCAUACCCCCAAGGGAAUGCAACUUGCACAAGAUACACUGGUAAAAAUGACUGAGAGGGACUUUUUCUUGAGCCCAAAAAUGGGGAGUGACCUUCUCCUUAUAGCCUCUGGCGAAAAGACUGGUGGAUAUACCACUGCUAACUAUAUUUGGGACUUGAUGCAAGCUCGGAAGAUUACUCCUUCACUUCCUGCAGUGGAAGCAUAUUACAAUGGCUUAAAAGGACGUGAGAUCCCAGAAGAUGAUCCACGGCUCCUACAAGUUUCACGGACUUAUGACAACCUUCGCACCAGAUUUGGAACAGGACCUGGCCGAUCCUAUUAGGUGUCAACUUUGUCUUUUGUUGGCUAUUAAGCGAGGUUUAAUAUUUAGAACUUAGAAUUAAUCAAAAAAUUGGAAUUAUCAGGGGGAUUUGAUAUGGAUGAGAAUUAUCAAAGUGUACAACUUGCCCCAAGAAAGAAAGUGCUAAAUUUUGUACAACUUGCCCCAAGAAAGAAAGUGCUAAAUUUUGUAAUUUUCAUCGACUCAAUAAAAAUAGGUUUGUAUC